CUUGUAUCCUCCCUGAUAUUUUUUUUUGUGGUCCUCCCCCACUCCCCUCUUAUCUCUUUACCUCGCUAUCGACAGUGAGCUCAUUGCACAGUCUGCUGUAGGAAGGUUUAAUCGCGCCAGACGCAGAAAGCCCUCCCUUCGUCUGCCCUCACGGUCUUGACUGCCUGACCUUUCAUGCUUAUAGCCAGUUAUUGAGUUACUGUACAGGAGACAUCCCGAGCUGAGCAGGAGCAGAAACAACCCAGGUCCAAUGUAUUUCAUGUCACAGUGCAACCAUUGACUUCCUUAUUACUUCACGGCACUGGCUAGAAAUAAUAUUUAGCCAUCUUCAGCCAUUCCAGGGUACUGGUGUUUACUUGUUAAGGAAAACUAUAGUGUUGAGCUGAUUUUGGUACGUGUACGCUAAAUCACUAACUUGUACAUUAUGUGAAGUAAGGACUGCUUUGCAGGGGUUUAUCUGCACUUUGCACAAGACAUAUUGAGCUUAAUUCAUAAAACUUUUCUUGAAUUAUUCUUACUUUUGUUAAAAAUGUUCCCAUGAAAAACCAAUGGGAUUUAUGAGACAUGUUUUUGUGCAUAUUCCAGGUGCACGAGAUGAUGAUUGCUAACUAUAUGUAAAUUUUAUGUGCAAUCCUGUUCAUGUGAUUAACAUAAGGAAACAAUCAUGAACAAAUACACAUAAGAAAAAAAAUAAUGAAUGCCGAAAUGUUCUUACACACAGUUUGUGAUCAUACAUGUGUUGUGAAUGAGGCCAGAUCUCCAGAGGAACAUAGGUUUGUGGAAAUAUGUUUCAAAUUGUGAGAGAUGCAGGAAACAUUUUAAUUUAUGCUAAGGCACUCCAUAUGACGCCAUGAAAUAACUUUAUAUUCUUUUUUUUUUGAGUACGCAUGUUAGCUGGGGUACUUUAAAAUGGCAAUAGAAAGACGCUCAUUGUGAUCCCUUGAACAUGUAUAGCAUAAACUGUUCUCAACAAGAAAUAAUAAAUGAAUAACAGGAAAUAAAAGUAUUUGGCGAAGUAUCCUAGGACGGGACAAGUCACAAGUGCCAGAAGUUCUCUUGUGAACACAAAUUUGCCGCCGGUAAUGCCUCGAAGGGUUAAACCUGUGGAAUGUUGCACUGAGGAAUGUGCAUGCAAAUAGAUUUAUGCUAAUGAUAUGCUAAUGAGCAGUUGGCUGGGAACAGAGUCAUGUCUAUCCUGACUGUUAGGAACUAAGAUGGAGGACUGGGAAGAGCGAAAUAUGGACCUGUAUUGAAUUUUGUAUGUCCAAGGAAUUCGUUUCUUCUUUUCCCUACUUAUGGAGGAACUUUUAGGAGCUGAUAAUGCCUAGAAAGGGGAACGGGCAGCUGCCGUUACCGGACGGCUGGGAAGAAGCGAGGGAUUACGAUGGCAAAGUGUUUUAUAUCGACCAUAAUACUAAGCAAACCAGCUGGAUCGACCCAAGGGACAGGCUGACGAAGCCGCUGUCGUUUGCGGACUGCGUGGGAGAUGAGCUGCCGUGGGGCUGGGAGGCCUCUUACGACCCGCAGAUCGGCAUCUACUACAUCGACCACAUCAACAAGACGACGCAGCUGGAGGACCCUCGGCAGGAGUGGCGCAAGGAGCAGGAGCGCAUGCUGAAGGACUACCUGACGGUGGCGCAGGACGCCCUUAGCACGCAGAAGGAGCUGUACCAGGUGAAGGAGCAGAGGCUGGCGCUCGCCCUGGACGAGUACGUGCGCCUCAACGACGCCUACAAGGAGAAGUCCAGCUCCCGCACCAGCUUGUUCUCGGGGUCGUCGUCCAGCACCAAGUACGACCCCGACAUCUUGAAGGCGGAGAUAUCAACCACUAAAGUCAGGGUAAAUAAACUGAAGAGAGAACUCUCGCAAAUGAAGCAAGAACUUCUGUACAAAGAACAAGGCUUUGAAACCUUGCAACAAAUCGACCAAAAAAUGUCUGGUGGCCAGAGUGGCUACAGGCUGAAGGAGGCCAAGGCCAUUGUGAGUGAGCUGAAGUCCAUUCGCAAGGCCAUCAGCUCCGGGGAGAAGGAGAAGCAGGACCUGAUGCAGUGUCUGGCCAAGCUGAAGGAGCGGUUCCACUCGGACCAGAACAUGGGCCGCUCGGAGCCCGACCUCCGGCACCCCGCCGGGGCCCACCUCCUGCUGUCCCGCCACACUCUGGACGCGGGGUCCCAGACCGACGUCUCCGGAGAGGCUGGUUUGGGGAGCAGGUCCACCCUGGCAGAGAAGGUCCGCCUGAGCCUUCAGUACGAAGAGGCCAAGAGGAGCAUGGCCAACGUGAAGAUCGAGCUGGCGAAGCUGGACAGCGAGACGUGGCCGGGCGCGCUGGACGUGGAGCGGGAGCGUCUGAUGCUCAUCAGCGAGAAGGAGGAGCUCCUGAAGGAGCUGCAGUUCGUCACGCCCCGCCGGCGCACGCAGGGCGAGCUGGAGCGCCUGGAGGCCGAGAGGCACCGCCUGGAGGAGGACCUGCUGUCCGUCAAGAGCGCGCCCAGCCAGGCACUGGCCCAGAGGUUAAAGGCCCAGGAGAAGAGGCGAGCCCUGGUGCAGAGGCUGGAGGAGUCCACCAGACUGGCCACGCUCCUGCACUCUCAGCUCAAAAGCCUCUCUGCCAGCACGCUGUCUGUGUCGUCGGGCAGCAGCCUGGGCUCGCUGGCGUCCAGCCGCGGCUCUCUCAACGCCUCCAGCCGCGGCUCCCUGAACUCGCUGAGCUCCGGCGACCUGUACUACGGGCAGCCGGAGUCGCCGCUGGACCUGGACUACCAGUACAAGCUGGACCUGCUGCUGCAGGAGAAGCCGGCCUACUCGCCGUCGGGCCCCAUCACCACCAUCCACGAGCACGAGGUGGCCCGCAGCCCGGCCGAGGGGCCCCCGGCGGCGGGCCACGCCCCGCCCCGCCCGUCCGAGCCGCCCAAGUCGGUGGCGUCGCUGUCGUCGCGCUCCUCGCUCUCCUCGCUCUCGCCCCCCGGCUCGCCGCUGGUGCUGGACGGCUCCUUCCCGCCGUCCGUCCUCCCGGACGUGCCCGCCCCCUUUGGCGACCCCGCUGCCAUCGCCGCCGGCGACUUCGCCGCCCUCGGCUUCUACGACGGCCAGGUCCCGCUGGAGCCGGAGCCCGGGGAGAAGGAGCCGGGCGACGGGGUGCGGCGGGUUCCCCUGGCAACGCUCCGCGAAGGAAUGUCGGAGGCGGAGCUGCAGAGACGGGCGGAGGGCUGUCUGCUGGAGGAGAAGCCGGCGUGUGUGUCGGCGGCCGUGUCCGACGAGUCGGUGGCGGGAGACAGCGGCGUCUACGAGGCGUCCGUCAAACGGUCCAAUGAGGGGGAGGACCAGGUGUACGUGGAGGACGAGCCCAGCGUCCCAGAGGCUGCUCAGGUCCAGAUGGGGUUCAAGUACGACGUGGCCAACGGGAGUUUCAUCAUCGUCGUCAUGCAGCUACAGAACCAGGCGGCUCUCCUGGUUCCGCCCAGCACCAAAGUGUACGUCCGAGUGGCCCUCCUGCCGUCCUCCAGCGACGUCAGCAGCCUGUUUCGAACCCGGGUCCAGGCCCUGGCCGGGGGGGGCACGGCGCUGAACGACGUGUUCCGGGUGGCGGAGUCCCAGGCCGCCCUCCGGCAGAAGACCCUGCGGGCCGACGUGUGCACCGUCUCCUCGACCCGCCGGGAGGAGUGCCUGGCCGGAGCCCACAUCAGCCUGGCUGACGUGCCGCUGACUGGCGACCUCUCCAGCCACUGGUACAACCUGCUGACCUGCAAGAGGAGCAAGAGCUCUGGAGAGGAGAGGCCCGCCCCCGCACCCGAACAGCCCUCGGGCGGGGGCGUCGACCUGGACGCGGUGUCGGCCCUGCUGGAGAGGACCUCCAGCGAGCUGGAGGCGGUGGUGCAGGAGCUGGCCGAGGAGGAGAGGGACAGCCAGCUGGAGAUGGGGGAGGAGUGGCAAGAGGUGCUUGGCGAGAACAGCACAGAGCUUGUUAUGGGAGUAGAGGAGGAGGAGGAGGAGGAGGAGGAGGAGGAAGAGUCGGAAGUAAAAGAGGCAGAAGAGACUGAGGAGUGCGCCGCAGCUUACGCAGAAGAGGAAGAGGAAGAUGGGGAAGAGGCGGUCGAAGAGGAAGAGGGGAAAGAUGAAGGGGUCCCCCAGCGGAUGCCUGAAGGACCGACGCUGGUGGACAAGGAGACGAACACGGAGGAGGCGGGGCCGGGGGGCCUGGCGGUGCGGCCCAAGGACCGGAGCGGCGUGGGGUCCCGGCAGCGGCCCUUCGUCCGGAACAGCAUGAUCAUGCGCUCGCAGACCUUCUCCCCCGGGGAGCGCAACCAGUACAUCUGCAGGUUAAACAGAAGCGACAGUGACAGUUCGACGUUGUCCAGAAAGUCCCCGUUUGUCCGAAACGCGUCGGAGAGACGAAGCUUGAGGGUGAAGCGGACCAUAUGCCAGCCGGCGGUGCGGCGGGGGGCGCCGGACCACCCGGCCCGCACGUCCCUGGACCUGGAGCUGGACCUCCAGGCGUCGCGGACGCGGCAGAGCCGGCUGGACGACGAGCUGCAGGCGCUGCGCGGGCUGAGGGAGCGGCUGGAGGCCCUGAAGGCCCGCGGCGAGACCGAGCUCCCGCCCGGCGUGCUGGAGGACGAGCGCUUCCACCGCCUGCUGCGGCAGGCCGAGAGGCAGGCCGAGCAGUCGAAGGAGGAGCAGAAGCAGGGCCUGAAGGCGGAGAAGCUGAUGAGGAGGGCCUCCAAGGACGUGUGUCGGCUCCGGGAGCAGAGCCAGAAGGUUCCGCUGCAGGUGCAGUCUUUCAGGGAGAAGAUGGCCUACUUCACGAGAGCCAAGAUAAAUAUACCAUCGCUGUCAGCUGACGAUGUAUGAUCGUGUUUUAUAACAAAAUGAAGUAUUUUUCCAACUUUAUAGCAGAGUAUUUUAUUAGAAUAGCCACUUAAUUAAAUAAAAAAAUGAACAAAGAAAAAAAAUUCCAGUAGUUUUACAUCAUAAGGGGUUAUGCAUUUGUAUAAUAUGUUGUAAUUGAAUACUGUCAUGUUAAAAAAGAAAAAGAAAAAAUGGCUUUCUUUUUUUUCCAGAGAAAACCAAAGUAGAGUUAAUUCUGGUACAUGUAUGUGCUGAUGAUGCUUUCUGUACAGUUUUUGUAUACGUGGCAUGGGUAUUUUUUCCCCCUCCACCAAGCUAGGACGUAGGAAGAGAGACGAGAUGGCUCAAGCUGCUUGUUUGUGUUUGUCUCCCCCUGGUGUCCUGCUUGUGGACUGCAGGAUGGGGAGUGGGGGGGGGGGGUCUCAGUGUUAUAAUGUGUGGUGCGUGAACGAGCCUGCCGAUCGAGGGACGGACGGACCUAGGAGAAGAGCUGCAUUUCAAAAGGGCGAAGGUUCGCUUUUCUGUGGUUCAUCUCAGAGGUCUCCCUCAAAUUCAGUCACAACAAACAAACCCUGUGAAUGUAUGCUGUUUCCCUUUUUGUGUUACUGCACUGAUUUGCUUUCUGCUUGUUUUUUCUUUUUGGUUGAUAUUUUGCACCUUUUUCAUUGCAGCCACCACUGCUUAAUCAGUAUUCUCUCGUUGUUGUCAUAAUACCUUCCACAUUUGCAUAAAUCUUCUCAAAUGAAAUGGCACGUCUCGUUAAGGGCCGCUCCUAAAUAUGCUGAUAUCUCGGUUUAUUCACGGGAGAACGACGGUUAGACCUCUUAUCUACUGUGUAGCUUAACAGGUUCAAGCAAUAUGCCUUUUUACAUUUUUAAAAAUGUUUUUUUUUUUUCUUUCUUUUCAAAUAAUGCCUGACAGGUCGUCAGGCUAAAGAAACUGAGCAGGCAGAACACAAAUAGUGCCGGUGGCUUAAAAAAGUGUGUUUUUUUUAACUCCAAUGCCAAAUGAAGGAUUUCAGCUUUGCAAUGCAAAGCGUGGGUGACUCCACGAAAGGGUGUUAAAUGCGUGCUUCACGUCAUCGACGUCGUCGUAUUUAUUUUCCCCCCCUCCUCGUAGUCUGCGUUUCCUCGCUCUGAUAAAAUCGAGACCCUUCCGUCUUCCUAAACCCGAGAGUGUUGUCGUGGUAACUUCGGGAAGACGGUCUGUGUGUCUUAAUAGGCCUGACGUUAUUCAGUGCUGUCCAAAUGAGGAGCCAUUACUGAUCGACUCUUUUCAUUCUAUUCUAUUCUCUUCUUUUUUCAAGUUUUUUUUAUUCUUUCUUUUUUUUAACUAGCUGAACAAGCACUAUUUAUACAUCGUUCAUUUAACUAAGCUGCUGGCUAAAAGCUACAAGAACAAACGAACAAUUUAGAUUUUGUUAAAGGAGUGUUGAUUCAGAGUAUUUUUCAGAAGUAACCCUGUGACCAAAAAAGUACAUAAAAUAAACAAAAGUGCACAAAUUAAGCACGGCAACUUAUUGAUGCCUGAAAGCAAACCGACAAAGCAGUGUUCAAACAAAUGUUAGUGUCGUAGCCACAUUAUCCCUACUGUAAAGAUACAUUCAUUGCACAGCAGGAAUUUUUUAUUUUUAUUUUGAGAAAACGCCAUUCCAAUCCGUAGUAAUGUCUGGCCCUCCGUACAAGUGCGCGUAAGCAUGCCACGCACAUCAUUUGUUCAUUUAAAGUGUGUUUAAAGAGACCAGUAAUGAAAUGAAGGUUGCUGUUUCAGCUUGCCACACUUCUUGAUUUGUGAAAUGUACCUUAGUUGUUGGUAGAAACUUGUCUUUUUGAUUUAUUUUACAUUUAUUUAUUUGCUGUCUUAUUUAUGUUUUUUGGUUAUGUACAGUUCAGUUCUGGACAUUUUUUUAAAGUUAACACAUUUGAAGUUAGUUUGUUUCCCUCUUUUUUUAUCACCUUUUUCUUUUUUUCCUUAUAGACUAAAUGAAAUCAGACCAGACUUGGCAUCAAAUGCAGGCGUUUUUUAUCUUAUGUUAUUAAUUUGAAUAUUCAGAACGAUAUGUAGCCAUACUGCAUACAUUAUACUAUAUACUGGUUGUCUGUGUAAAAUUAUGUCCUGUUGCUUCUCUUAAGUUGUUUUUUUAAAGCUAUUCAUGAUGGUGAAAUCUGUUUUAAAAAAAAUUUUUUUUUUUUUAAAACCUUUGUAUGAACCUUUGUAUUCAAACUUGUGGGAUUUUGAACAAAAUCCCUUAAACGAUCAGAACAGACCAGUAUGAUUUAUGGCUAUUGUGCACUCGUGAGCAACUCGUGAGCUUCAGAAGCUUCCGGAAGGUAAUGAUACUUAGUUGGAACAUGGAAGUUUAUGUCAUCUAAUGGUCUCCAAAAACAGGCUCCUCGUUUUUCAGGCUGUAGUACUCCGAUGUCUCGCUGAAGCUUUUUGUGUUGUUCUUUGCUUCUUCAGGAAUGUAAGGGAAAAUGGAUGACAAAGAACAUUUGUGUUUUCUAAGGGAAGACAUGGAGGAAGUGAUUUUUUUAAGAUGUCCACAGAGCAUCUUUAAGGGUUGUUUUUUUUUUUGUUUCUUUUUUUGCUUGGCUGAGAACAUCAUCUGGCAGUGGAAUUUGAGUGCUCGUGCAUUGAUUCAAAUCCAUUGCCACAUAACACUCUCAACUAGAUGACAAAAAAAAAAAACAAUCCUAUGGAUGCAUGUGUUUUGUAAGGAGUUUGCAUAUUUGCAUAAAUACAUUAAUUACAAAAAUUAAAAAUAAAUGACAAGUCCUGCAUGUCCAGUGCAUAAUACUCCAAAGGCUUCUCCUUUGGAAAGAAAAAUAUUUUUUGUCAACCAUAUUCCCCUGCAGCCUUUCUGAUACAUCGUUCAUCCACUGCUGCUCUUGGAUGAUGUGCAUAAGCUUACAAGCAUUUGAUCCCAAGUCUGUUUGGAGUACAAAUCCUUGCCUGUAUUCUGGUAUUUAGAUCAGGAAUAUUAUUCACUUUGGCUUGCAUUUCCAUUUCUGUCAAUGAAAAUAUUGACAAAAUAUUUUUCAUACAGUUUUUUUUUAAAUUGGUCUUCAAACAAAUUUUUUAUCUCUUUUCAAAUUGUAAUCAUGGUUAAAAGAUAUAAAUCUGAAUUAGUGUCAGUUGUUUCAAUAUUUAUGCCAUCUUUAAAUUGUAAAUAAAUGUAUUACUCUUACAUAUCUAAAUGCAGAAUCAAAUUCACUAUAUUUUAUUAUUCUUUAGAUACAUCAGAAGUAUUGAAGCCAAUCUUGUUAUUUCAAGGGAUAUUAGGAAGAAACCUAUAGAAAGCCUUAAGAAACAAAAUUUUCUUUUCCAUUUGAUUCAAUUUUUUUUUUCUAAUUUUCCAUUCCCAAAAUAACUUGAGUUAAUGGUCAGAACUGAACCCGGUAAUGAAUGAAUGACAUUAGCAUGUGUGUCUGUAUUGUGGAGUUGCCUGGAAUGGUUUGUGAACAGUCGAACAAACAAGUAUUCCUGUCUUCACCUUUCAUGUGUUCCAUUGAUUGGUUUUAAAAAAAUACAAUUUUUAAACAAA